AUGCUCGGUACGGUUGGAGAUCGUUCUUCUCUGGUAAGAUUUCCGUUUCCUCGCUGCAUCUAUUCUGGAUACCACUCUGACCGAUAUCGCGUGAUUUUCGUAGACCUCUUCACCCUGACGGUCCCGCAGCGACAAGUGCUGAAAUGCUCGAUCGCCUAUCUCAUCGCUUCACUCUUCACAUUCGUGCCGGUGUUCGCCAACCUGCUAUCCACUAGUGCUCAAAAAGACGUGCACGGACGGGUGAUAAGAAAGCCGGCUUAUAGCGCUCAUAUGGUGGCUACGAUCGUUUGCUACUUCCACCCGGCACGUUCAGCAGGCGGGAUGAUCCUAGCUUCAAAGUACUGCUUGAUCCUCGCCUCGCUAGCCGCGGUCUUUUGCAGCCUGUCGAUCUUGACGCAAUACGCGUUUGACAAGUGGACGCCUACGGCCGGCGUCUGGGUGUUCGAGCUUGGCGACAUGGUGGUGCUCUGUACAUGGGUGCUGAUAGCGAUGGGCGGGUUGGCAUGGUUGAAACAAUGGGUCAAUAAUCCGAGUUUCAACACAGGAUGCUCGAUGGCCGCAGUAACGUUGUUCACCGUGGUCGUAAAGGAAGGAGGUCUGAGCAAAUUGGCCGAAGUCCUCCUCAUCGUGGUCAUCGGGGCCACCAUCAGUAACGUCAUCUGCUUCACUCUCUGGCCGUCGUCCGCCACCAAUCGCCUACAGGGAUCCAUUACAAAGACGCUGGAUUCCUUUGGUACCCUAUUGAGCUUGCUGGGCGCGACUUUUCUCUUGGAUCGUCCCCCUGGCGAAGCCACCUAUGCUUCGCUCGGCCAGGCUGUCAAGUCCCACAACGACUCUUUUACCAAGCUCAAAGCCGACCUUGCCGAAGCUCAACACGAGCGGAUCAUUGAUGGGCGAAUGAGUACGCAGCAGCGUGAUCGUUAUGCCGCGGUCAUCGACAGCCUUCAGAAGCUCGCUCAGCAUCUCACAGGGAUGCGCGCUGGUACGGAUCUCCAGGUCGAACUCCUGCAAGCCAGUCAAGAAGGCAAGAUCACUCUGGACAAUGGGGACUCGUUGCAAUCAUCGAUGACCACUUUGACGGACCAGGCUUACAAGCACGAGGCGCAGCGUGUCAGAGCCCAAAGCCCAGACGAUGAACCUCUAGCGCAGGCGGGAAAUCUCUUCUUCGAGUAUAGGGAAGCUGUCGCCGAUACUACAAGGCGGCUGAUCGACCUCAGUAAUCAUGGCCUCGGGCUGGUCAAGCUGGCCAUGACCGAUUUCGAAUCGCCCGACAAGCACGUACAGGAAUUGAUCAAGACUCAUCGAGAUCUGGAAAGGACUCUCGACGACUUCCGAUCGUUGUCGCUCGAUUCGGUCAAGAAGCUUUUCAGCGGGCACUCGGAUGACCGUCUCGAGGAACUCUUCAACGAGUAUUCGCCUUUGGACCGGGACGACGACGAAAGAGACAAGAGCGGGCCUAUCGACGCCAUUUACUCGAUCUAUUUCUUUGUCUUUACGCUGGAGGAAUUUGUUCGUGAGCUGGUCAUCCUGAUUCAAGCCAUGGUUGACCUCUUAGACGGCACGACGCUUAGUCGGCUACCUUCUGUCCUCCGUUGGCUGAAGAAGGGACAGGCGCAAACGGACGAUAGCCAAUCUCAGAGAAAGCAGUCUAUUCGACACAGAGUCGCUACGUUGAUUCCUAUUGACCCCAGCGAUCUCCAGCCUCCUCCCGUCUUUCCAGAGAAGCGUCGAAGUAAAUCAAACACUCUCACGAUUCCGCCAAGAGAGUCUCUUUCGUCCACCAUGAGAUGGAAACAGGCUCUCUGGAAGUUUCAAGCGCGAAUGCGUGAACCCGACAUCAAAUACGCUACCAAAGUGGGUCUAGGUACUGUCAUAUUGGCCAUGCCUGCGUUCACGGAACGUUGGCGCGAUACGUUCCUGGAAUUCCGAGGAGAAUGGGCUCUUAUCGCGUUCUGGGCCACGAUGAACCCUUCCAUUGGUGGAACGAAUCUGCUAUCCUUCUACCGGGUGGCUGGUACUUUUCUUGGCGCAGCCGUAGCCGUGGCCGUGUACACCCUAUUCCCGGAGAAUCCUGUGAUCCUUCCAAUCAUAGGGUUCUUCUUUGCCAUACCGUGCUUUUGGGUCAUCACGCAAAAGCCCGCUUACCAGCAAGCCGGAAGAUUUAUCCUCUUGACCUAUAAUCUUACAUGCUUAUAUGCCUACAAUCAACGAGAGAGAGACUUGACGGCUUUCGAGAUCGGCUGGCGGCGAUCCUCGAGCGUGGUUCUUGGCGUCGUUUGGGCUACUAUCGUCUCCAAUUACUGGUGGCCGUUUGCAGCUCGUAAGGAAUUGAGGAUGGGCCUCAGCGACUUCUCCCUCGAUCUCGCCUAUCUAUACUCACGGCUGGUUCGCGAAUACAGUGGACAACCGGUUACUGCAUACCCCAAUCCGCUCGUAUGGCACGACCUGGACAGAACGACGCACCCUGACGAGACUGCAAGAUUGCUGGAUCAUGCGGACCGACCAGGUCAACCCACGUUAAAGGCCCAACAGACAGCGAGACAUUUCAUGAGCAUGGAGCUGCACCUUCAAAUCCAACUCAUUGACCUGCGCAAUCUCUUAGGACAAACAAAGAACGAGCCUCGCCUCAAAGGUCCCUUCCCGCAAGCCAUGUAUAGCGAGAUCUUGGGUUCGUGUCAGACCUUGCUGGACAAGCUGCACUCGAUGCGGUGUGUCAUUACACGGCAGGAGUGGGAUACCUCGGUUCACAAGGAGAUUCUGGGACCGGUUAACGAACAGAGACGGGAGAUGGUCGCGGACACGAUAUUAUACUUCUAUCUUUUGUCCGCCUCUUUCCGCCUGCGGCUGCCCAUGCCUCCCGUCUUGCCACAAGCCGAGAUGUCGCGCCGCCGCCUGGUCGACGUCGUCCGAAAACUCGACGUCGUCAAGCGCAAGAUUAGCGAAGGGGAUAUCCGACACUUGUUGAUCUUUGCCUAUAUCUUGGCGAUGCAGGGCUUGAUACAGGAACUCGAAUUCAUUGGACGGACUCUGCAGGAUGCGUUCGGCGUUAUCAGCCAAACCGCUCGAGAGGAAUUCGAAGCGCUGUUUGUGUGA